CCUCUUCCGAUUGGCUCGCUGCUUUUGUCCUUGUAUUUUUCCCGCACCAAAGCUGCAACAAACUGAGCCACAACUACGCAAUAGAAGCUUAAGAGUGUGCGACCAAAAUGCCGAAACGAGCUUAUCCUUUUACCGAAAGCUUUUCUUCACAGUAUAAAAUUCACGUCGGGCAAAAUGAGCUCUGUCAAAGCGGAGUCUUUGGGAACAAAUACAGACAAGAAAUCUACGAGAAAACGAAGAACCUCCUUUUUAACGGGGCCAAGGCGGUGAUGGGCAAAAUAUGGACUGGAGAGGAUAAGUGCACAGCCCAAAAACUCUCUGAUGCCGAAGAGAUCACUGCCAGCAGCCAGUCCUUGCUGAAGGGACAAACUCUCAUUGGACAAGACGGGAAGCUAACAAAGGGAAUGUGUGCAAAAGGUCCAUCCAGUGGAACGACAAACUGCUGUGUGUGUCUGAAAAGCCAGGGCCUACGGACGCCAUGCUCCCAGUGUGACCGUGCAGCCUGCUCAUCCUGCACCAGGCAGUGCUCCUGCUGUAACAGCUCCUGCUGCUCCAUUUGUACUACUAUUGAUUACAGUGGCAGAUAUGAUGAAGUAAUAUGCUGUGGCUGCUCGACGUGAAGAAAAACCAAAGGAAGAGACCAUGAUACUUGAACAUUUCUAGUGCCUAAUGAGUUAUAAUUAUGACUGCUUUUUAUACUCACCACUCUUUAUGUAAUGCAAAUGACAUUGUGUAUAUAUUUCCUGUACAUUUUAUCUGACAAGUGAAAUCAAAUAAAUUCAACUUUAUGUCUUUAAAAA